CUAACCUCUUUUUCGUCCGAGUCACGCCGCAACUUCGCUUACCAAGAACCGUGUAAUACCAGGAUCUCCCGAAAUUACCAUUUACCGAUUGUAGCAGCGCGCAAGAGCGUACUCAAGAUCUCCCUCUCUUUCCGAAGGAAAAUACUCGCGCUGGCAGAAUUCAGGCUCGCAUGAGAAACUUUUUCCUCGAGCAGGAAUCGAUGACUCAAAGGUGAGUGCCCGAGGAAUUUAGAAGGAGGAAAAGAAUCGAAAACAAGCGACGGAACAAGGAGCAUUCUCAGUCUUCAAGAAAGAUACCAUGGGGUAUAUAUACGCUAAGGGAGGGCGGUACACUGACCUGGCGGACGCCCUGGAAGGAAUUGAGGUGUACGACUCUGACAUGAACAGAUGGGAUCUCUUACAGUUCCUGACCGGGGACAGGAUCUCUGGAGGUAGAAUGGCUGCGCACGGGGACAAGUUGUACGUCAUGAGCUACGAUAGAGAAGAGGGGCCCCUAUUCGCGGAGGUCUACUGCUGUAGGAGGAAUACCUGGACUUCGAUAGCCCCGAUGCAACACAGACGGAUGGAAACCGGAACCGCCUCUCUCGGCGAGUACCUGUACGUCUGCGGAGGCUUCCACGACAGCACCACCUUGGAUACCGUCGAGAGAUACUCUCCGGAGAGGAACCAGUGGGAGGAGGUGGAGCCGAUGACCAGGAAACGCGAGGACGCAGGCGUGGAGGCGUUUCGAGGGUGCAUUUACGUCCUGGGUGGCCAUGGCAAACCCGAUGGACCUAUUUUAGACUCGGUCGAGAGGUUCGAUCCCAGAACGGAGUCAUGGAGAGAAGCGACUCCGAUGUUAUCCAGAAGAUGCAUGCAUGGAGCAGCAGUGCUCAACGGUAAACUCUACGCUUGUGGAGGCUUCGCCUACGAGAACAACGUCUGCGGGACGUUGGGAUCCGUCGAGGUGUACGACCCGGUCGCCGACAGGUGGCAAUUCGUCGCCCCCAUGAACGAGAGGCGAGGUGGGCUGGCGCUCGUCGCGAACGCGGGGAAGCUAUGGGCCAUCGGAGGGAGCAACGAUUCCGGGUACAGAGCAACGGUGGAGGUCUACGACCCUGAAGCGGACUCUUGGUCCUUUGACGUACCCCUGUCGACGGUCAAGGGAGGCAUCCAGGCGGCGGUGAUCGCCGACGAGCUCGGAUUCACGUCCUAAGCCGGUCGCACUCUUUGUUGCGUACAUACAUCCUGACACAUUAGUUUCAACCAUAUGUUUAACCACUUGCGCUAUAAAGACGUGCCACGCACGUCGAGAUGCUUUUGUUCCAAAACUGCCAGCGACAUGUAUACCACGUCGUUAGGCAUUUGUCGCAGAAACAAAAUCGACGUGUCCGGCACGUCGGCUAACAGUUGGAUCGUUCAUUAUUCCAGCUACAGUUCCAGAGUGCACGACAUCGCGUAGCGUCAUCGAUAUCUUGGAAAUAUUUCAGAAUCGAUAGGGUAUUUUGUACGGAUGUUAUGCCGCAUGUUAUAUUGUAGAGCGUGGCACGGCAACCGAAAAUUAAAUCGUAGCGCAAGUGGUUAAGAAUCGGAUUUCUCAAAUUCUCAGGAUUUCAGCCCCAAUGCCGAGAACAACUUUCCUUCGCGUUUCUUUAUCGCUUUACAGCGGUCGUAGCAAUUUAUUUUAAACGUCGAACCGAGCGACGUAUAUUGCUUCACGCUCACGGUUUCAUUUAUUCUCAAAAAAAUCCUUGGAUUUGUUAAAUUUCCGGUUUCCAAUGGUCCAACUCUAAUAAACCCAUAAAAAGGUUGACUCCAAGGCGCCCAAGUGUUCGACUACCUAGUGGUACUUGGAACUUUCCGUGCCCGGGCAACUCUUGUCGAUCUCGGACGACCCCAUGUGCGAGUCACCUGGGACACUCAAGGACGAAGUAAAGGGCGGCACCUAAAAAUUUGGCACGUCCAAGGCAGUUAACCAAUCGGCAUUGGAGGAAUCCCUCCUUUACAUUUUUGGGGGAUUUUUUCCGGAGAAAACUCAAGUAAUUUCAGAAUUUCCAACAUUACUCCUCCCACACGAUUCUCUGAUUCGAGAAUCUCAAAUUUGUCUAACUUCCACUCUGCGAGGGAGGCAUGCGGACGCUACCUUCGAGAGCUUUGCGAUCCUCAAAGAGCGUCACUUGGUUCACUACUUUCAAUCGGUCGACUUGGUUCCCACAUUUUAACCAGUCGACUUGAUUCAAUAACUUCAACCAGUCAAUUCUCAACAGGAGAACCAGCAUACGGAUUUCAACAGAAAUCACCCGACCAUAAGAGCAGUUUAGCUCAGGUCCACGUUCAUUUUAAAACCAGCCGUACAAUAUUAAGUUGGCGUAUGGUCGUCGCGUUAUCUUCGUGUUCGCGAGUUUAAGGUGAAGUGAAACACCCUUCAAAUCAGUCGAUUCGAAAACAACACUUUUUUUUAAGGGCAUUAG